AUGGACGGUGCUACAUCGCAAUGGACCCCAGUUACAUCCGGAGUGCUGCAAGGUAGUAUCCUGGGUCGAAUGUUGUUCGUUAUUUUCAUCAACGAUGCUCCUGAUGUCAUCAACAACAAAGCAAUUCCAGCACUAUUUGCAAACGACACUAAGCUCUACAAGAACAUAACAUCAGUGAAUGACUGCAACCAGUUGCAAGAAACUUUAACACACCUUGAUACUUGGAGUCAGGAUACAAGUGUAAAGUAUUGUCGGUGACGCGCAAGAAGGCCCCAAUUUCUUUUCCCUAUCAUCUCGGGUCGACAGAGCUGUCGAGAGUUGACGACGAAAAAGACCUUGGCGUAAUCUUCUCCAGUAAACUACAGUGGAACUUACAUAUCAACGAAAUGGUAUCGAAAGCGAAUAGGCAGCUAGGCGUGCUUAAGAGGACUUGCCACUCACUCACAGACAUCAACAUCCGACGUACACUGUAUCUUUCGCUGGUGAAGUCGAAGCUCAGCUAUGCAACACAAGUUUGGUCGCCUAUUCACAACAGACAACUCAGUGAAAGGAUUGAAAGAGUACAAAGAAGAGCCACGAAAUGGAUUCUAAGGACCGGGACUUGUGAAAUGCCAUACAAGCAACGGCUGUUGAAAUUGGAACUCUUACCACUCUCUUACGAUAGCGAGAUGAAAGAUCUCGUAUUUUUCUUCAAGGCGUUGUACGGUUACGUCGACCUUAACAUUAACAAUUGA